CACAAUCCACCNCUCCACCGCCGCCGCCGCCACCGCCACCAUCUCCUCCCCACCACCCAAUUCCAAAUUGACUACCCUUCCUUCUCCUUCAAGCCCACCACCACCACCACCACCACCACCACCAUCACACACUACAAGCUCUUCUCCAAUCUCUCCUCCUCACCCCUCACCACCAUCACCACCACCACUACCACCUCGUCCUCUUCCUCCUUAGACCUCCUCGCCCACCACCUCUCGUCGAGCGACUUCCGCAGGGCCGACGACGAGACGCGGCGCCUGCUCAUCGCCCUGGCGGGCGAGGCCGCGCAGAAGCGCGGGUACGUCUUCUUCUCGGAGGUGCAGUUCAUAUCGCCCGACGACCUCCGAGCCAUCGACCGGCUGUGGCGGGCCCACAGCGGCGGUCGCUUCGGGUACAGCGUGCAGCGCCGGAUCUGGGAGCAGAAGGCGCGGUGCGACUUCACGCGUUUCUUCAUCCGGGUCGGCUGGAUGAGGCGGCUCGACACCGAGGUCGAGCAGUACAACUACUGCACCUUCCCGGACGAGUUCAUCUGGGAGCUCAACGACGCCACGCCGGAGGGCCACCUCCCCCUCACCAAUGCGCUCCGCGGGACGCAGCUUCUCACGAGCAUUCUCACGCACCCUGCAUUUGACGAGGGCGAUGAGACGGCGGCGGCGGAGGAGAGCGAGAGCGAAGGCGAGGGUGCAGAGAUGACGAGGGAAAGGCCAGCAACGGUCAGGAGGGACUUCAAUCCUGAUUACUCCUUUUGAAGGUGUAACUAAGGUUGUGCCAACAGCACCAAAGAAGACUCCUACUAUAGUCAGUCCUACUGUAUCUUUUUAAUUUCUUUUUUCAGUAAAAGAAUCCUUUUUCUCUUUCUUUUUUUUUUUUUUCUCUUUUGCUCCCUCGAUCUGUAGUGUUUCUGGGAAACAAUGGGUACUCUUAUAUUUUUAUCA